AUGGACCAUCAGUCCAAACCGUAUACCAACGGCUCCCCCAAGGGGCCCAAGGGAAUGAACGGCGUCAACGGCGUCGACGGAAUCAAUGGAAUCAACGGUACACACGGGAUGAACGGCACGAACGGCAUGAAGCCAGCGAACACUGCCAACGGGCAUGCCGUGGUCUCCCGGAGGAACAGCCCAGUCCAGAAGAAGAGACGGGGCUUCUUCGCUCGCUCUUUCAACAUCGCCGCUAGGCUUCUAACUUGGUAUUCCAUCUUCACCCUCUUGUUUCGCUGCCCUUCGACGCUAGACGCCUGCACCGACAAGUCCCCUGCCAUCUGCAAGCCGUACUUCCAAGUCAAGCAGUCCGUGUUGCCGCACGUAACCCCAUACUACCACACCUACGCCGAGCCCUACGUCGACCGCGCCCGGCCAUACUACGCCGCCGUAGACCGCGCCGUCGUCACACCUGGCCGCACUUUUGCUGUCAAGUACGGAGGCCCACGCGUCGCUCAGGCGCAGGCCUUUGGCCAGGGCCAGUGGGAGAAGAACGUCCAGCCUCAAAUUGCAAAAUACCAGUCGUUGGCCAAGGGGCAGUAUGACCAGAGAGUCUCACCUCACGUCGAAAAGGCAUCCGACGUUGUCUCGCCCUACUACGAUAUCGCACGCACCAAUGCCCUCCAAACCUAUCACGAGUUCAUGCUUCCGGCCUACCUCUUCGUGCAGCCCUACGCCGCCCGCGGCUACGAUGCUGCGUACGCCUUCACGGCCAAAACCGCUGUCCCUUCGACCGUCUGGGCCUGGAACAAGACGUACGCUUUCCUGGACUCUGCCGUGUGGCCCCACUUGAGGGAUGUCUACGUGAUGAAGGUAGAACCGCAACUCGUGCGCAUUGGUGAGCGCCUCGGUAGAUACAACGAAAAGAAAUCCAAGCCAGCACCCGAUCAAGCCAACUUCACUGCUCCCGCAUCCACCUUCAUCAAGCCGUCCUCGUCCAUUUCGUCUUCCACAGCAUACGCCGCCGAGGGUACGCCUGAUCUAUCCUCGACCGCAGUCGACAGUCUCGAGGCCCCUGAGUCUUCGGCAGCUAGCGAUGACCCGGCGAAGGUCCCCAAGGACCGCGAAGAAGCUCGCAAGCUCGCUGCAAAGACUGUAGCGGAAGAUCUGGAGCUCUGGGAGGGCAAGUUUUCCGAGGCCGCCGACGAGGGUGCUGUUGAGAUCGAGGAGCGAGUCCAUGAGAUCGCUUAUCGCAUGAUCGAGCGACAUGCCAAACCCAUGGGCAAGUCAUUGGUUACACAGUUGGACGACACAGUUACGUCAGAGAUUGAGCAUCUAAAGAAGGCUUUGGUAGGCACCUUGGAGAAGAACGCUGGAAACGCCGAAAAAGGGGACGAAGAAAUUGUCGCCGCGAUUCGAAGUGCUGGCCUUGCGAUUAAGAACAAGGCCCAGGAUGUUCGCAAUUGGCGCCAGUCCUACGAACAAGAAACCGAGAUAGCCGUCACCAAGGCUGCUCAGGAGCACUUCACACUUCUAGCCAACACGCGUGACUUGGCGCUGCAGAAAAUCGGUAUUAAAUGGGCCUGGAUGGAUGGCGUUACAUACAAGGACUGGCAAAAGUAUCACCAGCUCAAGGCCAGGUUCGACGAGUGGACGCAGGACUUGAAGCGCCUGAUUACCACCCACCCUGGUCUCCUUGAGUCGCAAGCGGCUGCUACCGAGAUAGAAGAUGAGGCUAUGGGCAUCGCGCAGGCUGCAGCCGAAGAGCUGGCCAGACUGAAGCAGGUCGCCGCAUGGAAGGCGGCUGCCGGUGAUCUGACCGAUGAUUUCGAUAGCGACACUAUGCGGCUUGCGGCCGAAGCUGCCCAGGAGAAGGUAGCAGACGACAUGUCUGAAAGUACCGAAACUUCCACUGUGGUAGACGGCGAGCAAACCGAGACGGUAACCGUCUCGUUGGCCGGAGCAGACUCGGAUGGCGCCGAUACCUCUGCUCUGGCUCCGUUGGAGAGCCUCACUACGGAGCCGACCGAAAGCGCCAGUGACCUACCCUCGGCUUCCGACCUGUCAGAGACUAGGUCCUCGCAAGAUAAGGCGACGAGAGCGGCCGAAUCUGUUGAGUCCCUUCCCAUAUCGGAGCCUGCAGACGGGCCUGAGCAGCUCGAUGAGACCAUCGUUGAGUCCCCAGGAGUACCGACUCAGUCCGCCGAAGAUGCAGCAUCAACCACCAUCAAGUCUGCUCUCUUUGGUGCAGCAGCCCAGUCGGUUCCCUCCCGCCAGCCGAUCCUUGACGACGACUUUGUUUCUUCGGCGUCGAGUGCGGCGUCCGUGGUGCAGUCAGACGUACCGGCCAGCAUCACGUCGGCGGCCCAGUCCGCAUACACUGCUGCUAUCGCCGGGGCUGCGGAUCAGUACUCACGUGCCAUGUCGGCCGUAUCAGCGCAGGUCAAGGGAGAACCCAAACCCGUCCAUGAGGAAAUGCUCAGUUCGGUAUCCAAUGCCUACUUCGGUGCCAUGGCCUCGGCCAACUCCCGCCUAGGAGAAGCUAUGACUGCUGCAUCCGCAGGCAUCUACGGCACCCCAACGACCAAGUGGAUGCCAGACAUGCCGACCAUGCCCUCAAUGCCAUCAGUUGACUGGGAAAAGGCCCAGUCUAUUGCGCAGCAAAACCUCCAGGACUCUGUCAGCUGGGCUUCUGAACAGUACGAGGCUGCCAAGGUUGCACUGGGCGCUGCAGAACCAACACCAAGUACAUAUCUCGAGGGCGCGGAGAAGAUGGCGUCGAAGCUACUGGACCAAGCGCAGCACAACUAUUACGCGGGCGUUGGCAUGGCCCACGCUCGCUACGCGGAAUUCCUUUCCGCUGCUUCCACGGCGGUGAGCUCGUUGACCGCGACGCCGACACCCACCAACCUCCAGGAGUCUGCCGCGUCGGCCGCAUCGGUAGCAAGCCAGUCUGCCUCGUCGGUUGCAUCGGUAGCCGGUGAGUCGGCCUCCGGCGCUGUCUCUGCUGCAAGUGAGGCUGCUGGUUCGGUGGCGGCCUCUGUUGGCGACAUGGCGUCCGGAGCCCGAGACUCAGUGGGUGAGAAUUGGGACGCGAUCGUCAGCCGUGUAAGCUCCCAGGUCUACGGUGCUCCAACGCCCACACCGUGGUAUGAGAAUCUGUACACUGCUGCCGGUGACUACGCGUCCGUCGCUGGCGACUACGCGAGUGCCGCGGGUGACUACGCCGCAUCCGCGACCGAUGCGGCCGCGGACCAUAUGUCUUCUAUGACAGCUUUUGCGGGAGGUUACGGUGCGUCGGCCGGUGAUGCUGCAUCUUCGCAGUACGCCGCCGUCAGCUCACUCGUGUCUGAGCUCGUCAUGGGCAAGGAACCGACAUUUACUGAAUCGGUGUACUCUCGGCUCGCGGGCGCCUAUGUGACUGGGGCAUCUUCUGCCUCGAGUCUCGCCAGCGCCGCGUCCGCAACAGUCGCGAGUGCUGCAAGCGAGAUCACUGACUCAGCGGGCUCUGUUGUCAAUGCUGCUGGAGAUACCGUCUCUGCCGUGACCGACAGGGUGAAGGAGACAAUCGAUCAUAUGAGGGACGAACUAUGA